GGAAUAUGGUGUAAUAGUUGGCAAUAUGUUUAGGUUAGGUUGAAAGGAAACUGACGAUCACGAGGCGUAAUAUAUAUUUCGUAUUUGUGUGCGCAUGAAAACAAAAUAAAGCGGGAUACUGUGCUGUUUUGUAUUAGUGAUAAAAAAGAAUGGAUGACGAAGCAGAAACGUAUAAGCUUUGGAGAAUUAGGAAGACUGUAAUGCAGUUAUGUCAUGACCGUGGUUACUUGGUGACGCAGGAUGAAUUGGAUCAGACAUUGGAACAGUUUAAAGAGCAAUUUGGAGAUAAACCAAGUGAGAAGAGGCCGGCAAGAAGUGACUUGAUCGUGCUUGUGGCUCAUAAUGAUGAUCCCACUGAUCAGAUGUUUGUGUUCUUCCCUGAUGAGCCAAAGAUUGGAAUUAAGACCAUCAAGACCUACUGUCAGAGAAUGCAGGAGGAAAACAUUCACCGAGCCAUCAUUGUGGUGCAGCAGGGCAUGACCCCAUCAGCCAAGCAGUCACUGGUGGACAUGGCCCCUAAAUAUAUCCUUGAACAGUUCCUGGAAUCAGAGUUAUUGAUCAACAUCACUGAGCAUGAGCUGGUGCCAGAACAUGUUGUCAUGACCCCUGAAGAGAAGCAGGAGCUGUUAUCUAGAUAUAAACUAAGGGAGAACCAGCUGAUGAGAAUCCAGGCAGGAGAUCCUGUUGCCAGAUACUUUGGUCUCAAGAGAGGUCAGCAACCUCAAAGAGAAUCAUCUACCACGAAUUCAAACCAGCGAUCCAAUCUGUCGCUAUUUUGGCCUUCGCCGGGGCCAGGUUGUGAAAAUUAUCCGACCAUCAGAAACAGCUGGCCGCUACAUCUCAUACAGACUUGUGUGCUGAUGUUAUUCUUGGAUGAUUGUGUGAGAGAAAGAAAUUGUGUGUGUUAGUUGGCUGUUUGUAUCUUCUGAGUGACUGGGUAAGGUGAUCGAAUCGAAGAAUUAUGACCCUUUGUUGUAGAUAUCAAAACUUAGAAACAGCAUUUUCCUUUGCGAACUGGAUAACUGCAUAUCAUCUUUGUUAGUCAUUUUCUUGAUUUGGGAUGUUUUCAGAUAAUUUAAUUCUGUCUUGCAGAGAUGAUUAUUGAUGGUGAUUUGUUUUCAUUUCCAUUGUUUCAUUUUAAAAGUGAAGAAUCUGCUCCACAGAAUAAGUAUCUUUGUACACACAAUUGUUUGUCAUUUCAGUGAAUUUGUAGAUUUUGAUUUUACAAAUAAAAUGUCAUCAGUGUUCUCAUAA